CAAUGAUAGAGGGGCAUAACUCAAGCUGGCUUAGAGAGAGAGAGAGAGAGAGAGAGAGAGGAGCAAUGGCUUUAUGUAAUCUAGGAGGUGGUGCAGAUCUUAAAAUCUUUGACUUUUCUAGUAAAAACAGACAUUCUCGGUUAAUCCCAGCUUGUAAACUAAAGUGCAGCAGACUAGAGUCAUUUUCUGGGUUAAAAGGAGUAUCGAUUGUCCGUGGACCCGUGCACGUAAAUGGGGUUAAUAGGAAAUCUCAGAGACUUACAAAUCAUGUUGCUGUUAGCUGCUUAUCAAAUACAAAAGAAAGUGAUAUGGAGAAUGCAAACGUGGAAGAACAGUCAACUACUAAGGACCAAAUCUUCCCUGGUUCAUUCAAGGUUCAUUCCUUGCUCACAGCCAUCUGUGACACAACUUCCAUUGCCGAGGUCGAACUAAAGAUUGGUGGCUUUCGGGUGUAUGUCAAAAGGGACUUGGCUGAUAAAAGUAUUCCAGCACCUGCUCCAAAUCUGCCCAUACAACCAACCAACACCCCAAUUCAAGCUUCUGAUUCAAAUGGGUCUACUGCUGCAACUUCCUUAAACAUCUCCAAGCCAAAACAACUAAGCAUUCUUGAAAGAGCAUCUGAUGAAGGCUUGGUUAUCCUUCAAUCACCAAAGGUUGGAUUCUUUAGGACAUCACGUACCAUAAAAGGAAAGAGAGCACCGGUAUCUUGUAAAGAGAAACAAGAAGUCAAAGAGGGCCAAGUUCUUUGCUACGUCGAACAAUUAGGUGGCGAGAUUCCUAUCGAGUCUGAUGUUUCUGGAGAGGUUAUCAAGAUAUUAAGAACUGAUGGAGAACCUGUUGGUUAUGGUGAUGCUCUUAUAGCAAUUCUUCCAUCAUUUCCUGGAAUCAAGAAGCUUCAGUAGGUGCUUCUAGAGUUGCACAAGAUUCUGACUCAUGAUCGAAAAUUGAACUCAAUUUAGCGAAAUUGUCAUAUGGAUGUAGAGAUUUUCUUUUGCAUUUUGUUUGUUCAUUAUUACCUUUUCAAAAUAAAAGAUUACCAAUAAAUUGAAUUUACUUAUAUAUUUCUUUUAUUGCGGUUUUGAAGCAUUGAA